UGAUGGGCUAUUCUUUAAAGCACAUUUGCUGCAUAUUGUUUAGAUUUAUCGUACUUGCACACCACAAAUUUCAUAUAGUGCCAUACUUUUUCAAUUAAGAGUUUUGUUGACACAGUGUGCUAAUAGAAUCAUUGUUGAAAGAUGAGAGACUGAAGCAGGUUCUUUUACAGUAUUUCCCUGUGCUUUGCAGCAUCCAUUCUUUCUUCUGUUAACAAGAUGCUGAUGAAAAGCAGUCCCACAGAGAAUGCCAGUUUAGCAGAAGGCAUUUGGGACCAUAUUAGUGUCUUUUUUUUUUUUUUUUUUUAACAUUUCCCUCUACAUUUCUGUACGUCUAGUUUCUAGUUUGAACACAGUCGUGUCGUUAGGUGCAUCUAAUAUCACGACUUCACGUCUAUCUCGUUUCUAAUAGCAUAAACAUAAACAAAAAUGUAAUUUUUUUAAAAAAAAAUACAAACUUUUAAUAAUCUGUCUGUCCUUUGACUGUCUGAACAAGGUGGGUCCUAUGCCCAACCCCUAGCUUUUUUUUAAUACACAAAAUUUGUUAGUCUAUCCACAUUAAAUAGUUUUUUUUUUUUUUUUUUUUUUUUUUGGUCAUAUAGGAACUUGACAAAACUCACAAUUUCAUUUUGCACACGACAGUCCAACACCCAUAUUUAAGUGUACAAAGUAGUACUUUAAUCAGCAAACCAUUGGUUAAAACCACUUGGACAAACUUCAUUUGUUGGAAUAUUCACGACGAUGUUGGCAAAGUCUGUCCACGUAUGAGAGAAGGGAUCCUGUUAAUCCACUCUUCGUGUCCGCAGGUCUUCUGUGCACUGAGGCGGAUUACGCAGAUGUGUUCAACCUGUUCCAUCAAACAAGUCUUCAACUACACCGUGAGUUCUGGGAAUAGCCUCAACAUUUUUUUUUUUUUUUUUUUUUGCAAUGAAUCUCACUUAAUCUGUAUCGUGUCCUCUAAGCAGCCUCUCCUAAUGACGGACUGCUUAUUAUUGUAGCUAUAUUUUCUCUAAAAUUUAUCCUUCGCUUCGCCACUACAAUUCGCAUUUCAUGGAAUUCAAAUUUGAAUCCCUUGGGGAGAAUCAUGGUGCCGCGGGUGAAACUGCUUGUUGCAGUUGUUGCAAGUCUUGUCAAUCUUGGAUUUUCUGGAGCACCAACAGCACCACCGAAGAGAGCUUUAGUUGAAAACAACUCAGGUGUGACACCGGCGGGAUUGUGCGGUUCUUGGGUCAAGGAGCCUGAUGGAGGACUUUUUACAUCUCCUAACUAUCCUGAGAAAUAUCCUCCUGACCGAGAAUGCAUAUACAUAAUUGAAGCUUCUCCAAGGCAAUGCAUCGACCUGUAUUUUGAUGAAAAGUAUGCUAUUGAGCCAUCAUGGGAAUGUAAGUUUGACCACAUUGAAGUCAGGGAUGGACCCUUCAGCUUUUCUCCUAUCAUCGGCCGUUACUGUGGACAAGAGAGCCCGACCUAUGUUAGGUCCAGUGGGCGAUACCUUUGGAUAAAAUUUGUGGCAGAUGGUGAACUAGAAGCCACUGGAUUUUCAGCUCGGUACAAUUUCACACAAGAUCCUGAUUUCAAGGACCUUGGAGUUCCACCACCUCUUCCAAUUUGUGAGUUUGAGAUGAGCGGGCCAGAGGGCAUUGUGGAGUCUGUAAUGGUUGCGAAAGAGGGCAAAGCGUUGCAGACAGAGGCUGUAGACUGCAGGUGGUUCAUAAGAGCUCCUCCUGGCUCUAAGAUCUAUUUGCGUUUCCUGGAUUAUGAGAUGCAGAACUCGAACGAGUGCAAGCGUAACUUUGUGGCGGUGUAUGAUGGGAGCAGCUCGGUGGAGCAUCUGAAGAAUAAAUUUUGCAGCACGGUAGCCAAUGACGUAAUGCUGCUGACUUCAUUAGGUGUGAUUCGCAUGUGGGCCGAUGAGACCAGCCGCAGGAGCCGAUUCCGUAUCCUCUUCACCACCUUCCAUGAGCCUCCAUGUGAAGGAGACGCAUUCUUCUGCCAUAGCAACAUGUGUAUUAACCACACAUUGGUGUGCAAUGGUAUCCAAAACUGUGUCUAUCCUUGGGAUGAGAAUGGUUGCAAAGAGAAAAGAAAAGCUACUAUCCUGGACAGCCUUGACAAUACCAAUGUAACCAUAAUUGGAGUGACUUGCGGAGUGGUGAUUAUCCUGCUCACCGUGUCGAUAAUCAUUCAAAUAAAACAGCCACGGAAAAAGUACAUAAUCCGCAGGGACGAAUUCGACCCCACCUUGCUUCACGAGGCCUUUGAACCCCCGCACUAUGAGCUGUGCACGCUACGGCAAGCAACCUCAUCCGAUGGUGAGGUGUUACCAGAGGAUUUCCCCAAAUUGCAGCGCACCUCCUCCAAAUGCAUCCACGGCCACCACUGUGGCUCGCAGGUGUCCAGCACUCGAGGCAGCCGCAGCGAUCUCAGCCUGCGAGAUGCUGCUGCCAUUCUCUCAGAGAUGGAGACGUCCGCACAGCCCCCGUUCCCUCUGCAAGCCACCCCUACUGGCCGCAGGAAUAUUCUGGUGAUGAAGCACAGCUACUCGCACGAUGGGGCUGAGGAGUGCGACCUGGAUGAUGAAUUUUACGAUGGGCCCACCACCAGCCACGGGCGAGCUGCAAUGGACAGAACUGUGCAUCGGUCAGUAUCCAAUGACUUUUGAUGGCUUUCCAUGCACAUCAGCCCGGCGUUUGGAUAGAUUGUUUCUUUAAUGUCUUUUGUCUGUUUUAUUUGUAGUAGCCAUGCACUUGGUUUGUUUUGUUUGUUGACAGACAAAAUUUCCUUGUCAGGUCACUCCAUUUUCAUCAUUUUGCAUCCAUAAAGUAAUAUCAACAAACAUGGCUGUAUAUGCAUUAAAUGUAUAUGUGAACCAUUAAACUGUCAAGUUUUCUUUUCCUGUUUUGCCUAUGACAGUGUGCUCACUGUCUAGUAGUCCAUAUAAUUUGAUGACUGUUAUGCACUUUUGUUUUACUCCUAGUACUGAGAAAUAAUAUUAGGACACAGAAUCAUUGCAUAUGUAUAAUGUAAAUACUUUAGAUUCAUGCUGUUUGGUGUGGGUAUUAUUUAAAACAUGACACACAAAUAUGUCAUUACUGUUAUGGUUAUAUUCACCAUUGUUUUUUUUUGUUUUGUUUUUUUUGUGAUCUGUAACAGGCUUCUCUCUUGAAUUGUGUGGUUUAAUUUAAUGCUGUUUUAAUUUUUACUUAAUUUAUUUGUAUUUUCAUUUAUUUUAUGCCUGUGUGAGAACAUCUGUGCUUGUUUUAUACUUUGUUACCCUUCAUACUCCAAUUUUCAUUCUCACAUCACAUCACUGAUAAAAUUACAAACAAGUACAGUUGUUAUGCAGUCUGAUUGCAUUUAUUGCAUUAUUACAAAAUUUCUUGUAGAACAAAAUGCUCUUUUUCCACUGCAUGCCUCCUCUUUUCAUCGCCUAUUGGUAGCAUUUUAAUGUGGUCGUAGGCGCCACAAUGUAAACAUAUCUCUGUCAUCCUCGUCAUAAUAACAUUUAAAUACGAUUUAAAAGUGCUGUUUUAUUACAAAUGCCAUUAAAGGUUUAAAAAAAAAAAAUAGCAGCGGCCAGAAGAUGCUGUGCGUAAUGAGCCGCAUAAUAGUGCCUCCCACUGGUACACAAAAGUAAUUGCAGGGGAGGAACUUUAACCACUCUUAAAAAACACCCAUAGAAAAGGACUAAAUUAACAGGCUGUAAAUCUUAAACCCAAAAAUUUGUUAGGUUUCUGCAAUUCUCCUUUUUAUUAUCUCAUGAAUUAAUAGUAUUUGUUUGUAAUAGUAUUUGUCCAUCUGUACGAAGCACGAAGUGACAGAGAGUGGAACUAAUGACGCUUCGGUCUGCCGUCGGACAAAUAAGUUAUCGCUGCAGCAAAAAGAGGCUUCAAGGCAGUUGGCUUUGAGCUCAACCCAUGGCUGGUCUGGUACUCCCGUUACAAAGCCUGGAGGGAAGGUGUUCAUCACAGCACAUCUUUCUAUAUUUCAGACCUUUGGAA